AACUUUCAUAUCAGAUGAGCAAAAAGACGCCCUCAGAUCUGCGUUCCUAGAAGGAAUGACCAGUGUGGUCUCACCAAUGAUAGCUGCAGCGGCGGAGGCCACUGGUUUGGCACCAGUUGUUAUAGACAACUGUAUUGGAAAUUAUAGAAGGUCUCUAAAAACGCCGGCCUUUCCUAAACCACAGAAGACCAAACUGUACACACGAGAACUUUCAGCUUACAAUCUUUUUUGCAGGGAUCUCCUGCGGAGCAAGGGCAACCUGAAAGAUAUAAAGUUGAAAUGGUCCUCAUUAGGAGAAGCAGAGAAGAACAAGUACCUUGAGGAGUCGUCAGCUCUUAAAGCUGAAGGGAGAACACAGCACCGUAGCCCUGAGAUGAGGGAGCUUAAAGUUAAAAAGCACCUUAAAAAUAUUCGAAAGACCAACAUAUAUGUAUCCAGUCUUGAGAUCCUGGGGGUGGAAACUGCUGUGAUGUUGUUCGAUUGUCAGAAGCCCAACUUAGAAGUACUUGAAGUAAGCAGCAAAGGAGCUGCUGCUUUUUUGGAUUCAACUGAGACCCUCAGCAGUUUUGCUUUGCAUUUUAAAGGAAGGUUUUCUUCUGCUUCUGCUGCCAAAGAGCCAGUUGAUGCCCUAGUUAAGAAGGUGCAGGAGGUAUUCAACCAAAUAUACAAUAAGGCAGGAGGCAGUGGGAGGCUACCGUACCGUUCUCUUCAAAAUCAUAGCAUCAUCAUAAAUGCUUCUGGACUACCUAACGGCCUGACCCUGAAAAAGCCAUCCCACUAUGGAAGAAAACAGUUAUUUUUAAAAGCUGCAGAGCAAAUUUCUUUUCAUAUAGAUGUACAGAGUGUUGAGGAGGCAGUUCAAACGUGUGAUAUCGUGGUGAUGACUGCAAAUGGUAUGUCUUGA